CUUUAUGUCUCAGAGAUUCAGGAAAAUGAAGCAAAAAGGUGGAGCUCCAGCACCAAGAUGACCUUGGAUUCCCCUUGAGCGGCGUUUCCCUGCGUGUCCUUGUCCUCAGCGACACAGGGACGAUUCCACCGGAAAGAUGCUUGUUUGGGAUCAUGUUGAAUGUUUCCACCUUCCUGGGGGUGGCCACGAUGUACGUCCGGUACAAACAGGUGUGUGCCCUGAUCCCAGGGAAUUCCAGGAUCCUCAGGCUCAACAGGAUUGGCCUCACCUUGGGCUGGAUGAGCUGCUUUGGCCUCUGCAUCAUCGCAAACUUCCAGAAAUGUGUCCUGUACUACAUCCACGUGCUGGGGGCCUGCCUGACCUUCGGAGUGGGAGCCCUUUACAUGCUGCUCCAGACCGUCCUGUCCUUCCACAUGCAGCCGGAAUUCCACGGCAAGGGAAUCUUCUGGGCCCGCCUGGCCGUGCUCCUCUGGAGCUCCUGCAGCAUUGGGAGCAUGUCCGUGUCCUCGGGGCUCCUCUACAGUGGCCGCUACGGAUCCGGCCUGGAGCAGAGGCUGCACUGGGACCCCCGGGACAGGGGAUACCCCCUGCACAUGGUCAGCACUGUCUCUGAGUGGUCCUUGGCCUUCUCCUUCCUCAGCUUCUUCCUCACCUACAUCCGGGACUUCCAGAAGGUGUCCCUGGGGGCUGUGGUGACUCUACAGGGACGGACCCUCCACCACGUCCCCCCCCCGGGCUCCGGGGCCGAGGAGCAGGGACUGCUCUUCCCAGGGAGCGUCUGACAGAGCUCCUGGAACUCAGGAAUUCCUGCAGCAGCAGCAGCAGUUGGUCCUUCCCAGCAUUUCUGCCGUCCCAAGCCAGAGUCCUGUUCCCCCCCAGCCGUGCCCGACCUGCCGGAGCCGGGCCUGGUCCUGACAUUUCUGCCUCAGUGAGCAUUAAAUGAAGGGAAUAACGA